GCAGUUUCCUGUGUCAGAGAGUAAGUACCAGAAAUGAGUGAGUAUGAGAGGGAGCUAGUUCGCUGUCUGCUGACAACUCGCGCCUUUCCGAUGCCAUCAACGGUCUACUCUGUAGGCUAGGGGUCUCACUGCAGCAGGCUGAAUUCCAGACCAGCUGUCCUCAUAUACUGGGCAAUCAGCCUUUGGGAUGGCAACUCCAUCCUGACUCAUGAGACUGCGAGACGAAGAGCACCAUUUUGCAGUCAGGUAAAGUACAUAGGUAUUAAACAGUUCUCUGCACAGGGAUGACUUAAAGAGAGAAAAGCUUUUCAAGUGAGCUUUUGAUCUGACAGGUUCAGCAUGACUGAGAGUGCUUGUUUAAUUAUUGUGGCAACGCACAAAAGGAGACCUGCCGCGCAGUUGGUCCCAUCUCCAAAGGCUCUUAACUUCAUGGGACCCCUGCAAAGACCUAGGUCCCCCACUUGCUAGUGGGUAAACCUCAUUGAGUAAAUAAUGUGUACGAUUGCACUGCACAUCCCAUUGGAAAUACUGAGACUUAAGCUAACCAAAAUUCAUUUUAUCCAUUUAUUUCAAGGGGUCUUAGUCAGAACUUUGACUGAAUACCAGUUGGGUAGAUGAAUGCUCAAGCUUCCUGACAUACUGUGGUUGAAUUCUUGGGGAUAAUUUUCACCCCCUUUCUUGCUAAUGUAGGGUGACCACUUACACGUCACCCCCCCCCCCCCAAAAAAAGAGGAUACAGAUUUGCAUAAAGUGUGCAUGUAUAGUUUAUAUGCAGUGCUAUUUUUUCUAGAAAAGAGGUGCUGGAGCUCACCAUGAACUCCUCCCUUGUUUUCUUAUAACGGCAAUGGCGCCUAGCUGAGAGGUGCCGUAACUGAGUUCUGGUGAGUUCUGGCUGAAGAAAAGCCCUGUUUAUAUGUAUAAAUGGAGAUUCAGAAAUAUGAUAAUCUAAUACAUCUCACCAUAGCUUGGAGGACUAUGUCCAGGUGACCUGUAUGCUUGCUCAGUCUGCUGCCCAUGUGCCAACUGCGUUGCUAUCUUAGUUGGCUAGAGCAUGGUGCUGUUAAUGCCAAGGUUGCAGGUUCGAUUCUCAUAUGAGAAAACUACAUAUUCCUGCAUUGCAGGAGAUUGGGUUAGAUGAUCCUCAGGGUCCCUUCCAACUCUACAAUUCUAUGAUUCUAUGAUCAAGGCUGUUGUUCUCUCUUCUUAUGCUUCUUUAUCUUUAAGCUUGAUUCGGACUAGACAGCCCUACAAACAGGGGGUUGUCUCCUGAAGUUCUUCCAAUGCAGGACUCUCCUUUGUAAAGUAAGAACACAUUGUCACCCUAUCAGAAUGACCUGAGGUCUCAAAAACAGAUGACAGCACAAGCCUGGGAAUGCUUGUUUGGAAGGAAACCCAACUAAAAGGCCUUUGCUCCCAUAUACAUGUGCAUAGACUUUGAUAAACUCAUAGAGGAUAAAUCUGUUCAUGUCUGUUACCCAUCUUGGCAAACAAUGGCUUUUUUGGGUUCAGAAGCAGUAUGGUCGCCAGGCGCUGGGAACAAACGGUGGAAUAUCGCCAACUCCAGCAUGCCCUGCUUAUCUGACUGGCCACAUCUAAAGGAAGGAGGCUAGGCUAGGCUAGACCUGUGUGUGAUCUAGGAAGCCAGUUCUUACAUUCUGAUUCUUAUCUCUUUGAAAUCGGUACUCAUUUUACAAAUGAGCCAUGGGCUCAGUUCUUUGAGGAACCGAAGUUUUGUUCACACCUCUCCUCUCUUCAUAAAACAAGUUCCACUAAUGCUUGUGGGUAUCAUGCUUUCAUGUAAAGAAAAUGGUAUGACAUGUGUAUAAAUAAAUUAUACUGUAUUAUAAUUGUAUUGGAUAUUAUAAUGGGUUGGGGGCUUCUGAAUGAUCUCUCAAUAAUUCUAUUCCCACCACCCGACCUAUGAAAUUGGUUGUAAAAAGAGAUGGUUAAGGAGGUCAAACCAAUUCAACAAGGUUAGCCUUGUAGAUUCCAUUUUGUUGGAAUGCUGGGCUUUUGAGUAACUAAGGAGAUGGCCAAGUGUAACAAAUGGUAAGAGAUCUUUUUAGAAAGGAUUGCCUGGCUGGAUAUUAUGUCAACAGAUCAGUGUUUGUGAAUGAAAUAAAUACGCAGGAGUCCUGGACCUAAGUCCAAAAGGGACACAGACAUGACUUGCUCCCUGUGAGAAUACAGCUCUUAGCAGUGUUGAACCAGGCAUUCUGAGUCAGCCUUUGAUUGUGAAAUCUUCCACUGCAAGUUUAAAUGUCAUCACUGCUGAUUAGUCUGUAAUUACCGAGAAAUGCAACCAGGAAAGGAGAUAUAUGAACAUUGACCUAAUAGAUGGAGUAAUGUCAUCUUCUGAUAAACUGGGGUCAAGGGAAAACCCAAGGAAAGUAUGGGCCAUAGUAUUUUGCUGUUUCACAUCUGUUUAACAUGUGUGUGUGUUUGUGUUUGUGUGUGUGUGUGUGUGUGUGUGUGUGUGUCAAGCCCCUUCCACAGAGAAUAGAGCUGCACCAAGACAUUUUGUUGCCCGAGGCAAAGAGCAGACUGACGCUGUCACCUCAUUCAAUUUAGAGAAGGGAACUGGACUGGCAGAUAAAUCUUACUUCUACACUGACAGUGGAACAGCCAGCAGAGCUGAAAAGGCUGAGUAGAGUCCCAGCUCUGAUCUUCAACAGAGGGGAAUGGACAGGAGAUUAAAGAGGAAUAGCCAGGAGGGCUGUGGCCCCCUUGCACCUGCCACCUGAGGCAAUUGCCUCAUGCUGCCUAAUGGUAGGACUGGUCCCUAGCAAAUAAACAUGCAGGGCUUUUUCGCAGUCAGAACUCACCAGAACUCAGUUUUGGCACCUCUCAGGUGGGUGCCAUUGCCGCUCUAAGAGAAUGAGGGAGGUGUUCAUGGUGAGUUCUAGAAAAAAUAGCACUGGGAAUAUGUAUGCUUGCUGUUGAGACUCCAUCUUGAUUGCCACUUUUUCUCCAUCAGUGUUUCACUCUGCAGUCAUGAAGACCAGCCCUCCAGCACUGCUCUACAUUCUGUCAAUCUUGAUGGCAUUCACCGAUAUGUCUGCACCAUGUUGGCAGCCUGCCCCAUCUGGGCCUUCUCCAGGUAAGCAGCAGUGACACUGAUGUUGGAAGAAUGGCUCUGCCUCACUACAACAGCUUCUACUGUGUUCCCCCAUAAAUCCAUUUCACAUUAAGCUACUGUUAUGUACUGAAGUUCUCACCCUGGACCAGCAGGGGGAUACUGUAGAUAAUUUUCACUCAGGUCCACAUAUGCAAAUAAGGGAUUGAAAAUGAUGUUCAGUGAUUGGAUAGUUACAGAAAAUGGUUACUGUUGCGUUGUAGUUGAUCUCUAUAUAAGCAGGCUGGCUGAACCCUUCAGUUCAGUUCUGUUCUGGCCUGUGAAUAAACAAGAGCUGUUUGAAGAAUCGCUGUGUCGGCUGAUAUGUUCACCCACAACUUAACAGCUACAAAUCUUUAAAAACAAAACACAACAUUUUUUUUUUAAUUUAACUAGCUAUAGAACAUGUAUUUUAUCUCAAAAUAUACAUUUCAAAACCUAUUUUGAUAUCCCUUUUUGAACUGAAAACUGAGUUGCAGCCUUCAGAAAAGUGAGCUGGAUAGCUUUAUUCCAAUCCACACGCUGGCCAGGGAAGUGAGGAUCAGACUGAUUUGUAUCAGAAUAUGCAAAGAGUGGUUUCUUUAGGUUUCCCCAAAUGUGCCAGAAGGCAGGCCCUGAAAUUCUCUGCUAUGCACUGAAGUUCCACAGCAGGAGUUCUUCAGCAGUCCAGUUAAUGUGGGAAGGGUUUCCUUGAAGGUGGAAAAGCCCCAAACACCCCACCAUAGUAAUAAAAUUCAUUGCAUAUAGCCAAAGGCCUUUGCAAACAUCACUUAAUUCAUUCUGCAGAAUUAACAACUGACAAUAUAUGAUGUACAUCAAUAGCAUUCAAAAAUACGUCAUUGAUAAAAUCCAUAUCUACUAUAUUCACUGCUCAUGUAACUAAGCUCCAUAAAAGCCAUUAAUAAAAUGCAUUUUUAAAAAUGUGCAUGUGAUUUCUUGGCACCUGUGACAAAUGACAGCACCAUAUAAUAAGUUCUAUAAAACUGGUUUAUCUAAUAAUCACUCUGUCACAAUCUUGUUAGAUGUUUGAUCCACCUACUGUAGAAAGAUGAAUGCUAACCAUUUUUCUCAUGGGUCAGCAUAUAACGGGCAGAAUAAUAAACUGUGAGUUGUAUCACCAUAUAAUAUAAUUGGAGCCAAAGUAACAUUUGGGCUUCUGUUGUGGCAUGCAUAUAUUAUCUCCCUUGCAGGAUACAUGAAUGGAAUUAUUUUGAAGGCAAGUCCUGUGAACACCCUAAGUAAUUGGAGGAAGGUUACUGUCUGAGUAUAAUGUGCCCUCAUAUACAGCCCCUGCAGGCUUGUGUGGGGUUUUGCAGAUGUAUGUUGCAAAAUGUCAUUGACACAAUAAUAUUGCAUUAGUGGUGGCAUUAUGCAGAACCGUCUACACAUCAUUCCAAUUUAUUCAUUUUUGUUCAACACUUCCCUAGGGUUACCACAUCUGGAAGGUCCCUCUUGUGCUAUAGUGUGACUCUCUUGGCUGUGUGUAUAUGAAUAAAAGCCAGUCUCCUCUUGCAGCUGGAGUUGGGAAUACAUAGAAGCCUGAUAUGCUCUCUGUGAAAAUCCAAAGCAGUAGCUUUGGUGACCACCAGAACCCUAAUGGGGGACCGAGAGCUGCUGAAGUGUUAAUACUCUGAACCUUAUGCUCAGUUUGUAUGUAUGUGUAAAUACAUAUCUAUACAUAUACCAUGAAGAAGCCACAGGCUACCAAGGAAACCAUACCCAAGGUUUGCACAGAGACCCCGACUUCCAUUACUGCUUAGAGAUUGGGGUGCAUGUAGCACCAUAUCAUAAAUAGAUGAAAUUGUUGUACAUGUCUCUAACAAGCCCUUUUGAGAAGCAUAUUGUUGCACACCACCCCAAUCUCUGAGCAGUGUGCUCACCCAGAGUUUGUGUUUCUUCUUGGAUUGAGGCAUAGUGGAGACUGUGGGGUCUUUAUGAUAUACGGUUUAUUUGCACAAAUAUACAACCUGAGCCUAUGAUGGAAGGGUCUCACAGCAUUAGCACCCCCAGUGGCAGAGGAAGGGGGUGCAGGGGGUGUGGACCGCCCCAGGUGUCAUCACUGAGGGGGGGGUGACAAAAUGAGUUUUAAAAGGGGGGGCUCACAAAUGUUUUUAGGAGUGAUGUGGUGGGCUUAGGCACCUGCAGGUUCCACACUGCCUGAAAUGGCAGCAUGGGACUUACGUCUGCCUACUGCCUCUCCCUCAGUCGCCCUACAACUGAGGGGGAGCCGGCAGAGAGGCUCCAAGCAUUGGAGAGGCUCACCCCACCCCCAUGGGCAGAUCGCCCGGCCCCCAGCUGCAGGACAUGCCCCUGAACCAGGCACCCGAGUGGCUAGCUACGCUGCUCAGCACCACCAGAGAGUCUUGUUUCUCCCAUAGCUGCAGCCUUGGAUUCAAACAGAAAUCAAACGUUGCUCAGGCUUGCUGCUCUGCUUCUGGCUCACAUCACUGCCACUCAAUUCCAGACUCUGGCUUCAUCUUUCUAACUAUCUCUGAGUUGAAGGAGGGACCCCACCCAUUUGCCAUCUCAUACAGAACUCCUUUCCUUUGUUUCCCUGAAUGGCCCAUAACCCGGGCUAUCACCCCAACAGGAAGCUAGCCUGGCUAUAUUUUAACACCAGAGGUUAAGAGGGCCUCUACAUACAGCCUACUUCCUCCUGCUCCCCCCCUGGGGGGGGGAAACCACCUCAUAACAAUGUUAAAAACAGUUUUCAGUGGGCAAAGACAAGGGAAUUCUGGUUGGAAAAGAUGGUGCCCUUGCCUGUAUUCAAGGUCCAGGUGGGCCACAAAGGUCAGCCAAAGGCAAAUGGGAUGCCCCAAAAUGAAAGUAAUUCUCUGAGCUUGUGUGAAACCAUUCUUAUACUCCCCAAACAGAAUAACCUAUCUUAGUAUUUUUCACAGAGCAUCAAAUGAAACUCCAUGCUAUUUAGCCUCACCUUUUCAUUAACAGAUUCCUCGAGUCUCAGUUGCUUUUAUGACUCAGUGGAGAUUCUCUCUUGCACUUGGAUCCCGAUGAAAAAUAUCACUGAAGCACAAUGUCAGCUCGAGGUUCGACUUGAGUCAACGUGAGUAAUGAGUGAAAUAUAUUUAUGAAUGAUAAAGAACAGCCUUGUUGGUCUAUUAGGACUAUUGUCCUCUCUUCGGUCUUUGUUUUUAAGGAUCAUGUGCUGCCUUUUAGCUCAUGCCCCAUCUGCACUAUGGAUUUAAAACAGUAUCGUAGCACUCUAAACUUCAAUUACUUCCCCCAAGGAAUUUUGGGUUCUGUGAUUUGUAAAGGGUGCUGAGAGUUAUUAGGAGUCUCCUUUUCCUAUUCCUCUUACAGGGACAUGGGUGGCGCUGUAGUCUAAACCACUAAGCCUCUUGGGCUUGCCGAUCAGAAGGUUGGUGAUUCAAAUCCCUGUGACAGGGUGAGCUCCUGUUGCUCCGUCCCAGCUGCUGCCUACUUAACAGUUCGAAAGCAUGCCCAAAAGUGCAAGUAGAUAAAUAGGUACUGCUCCAGCAGGAAGCUAAAGAGCAUUUCCGUGUGCUGCUCUGGUUUGGCAGAAGCGGCUUAGUCAUGCUGGCCACAUGACCUAGAAAAACUGUCUGUGGACAAACACCGGCUCCCUCAGCCUGUAAAGCAAGAUGAGUGCCUCAACCCCAUAGUCAUCUGCAAUUGGACUUAACUGUCAGGGGCAGUGGCGGAGGAACCCUCUCCAGCACCCGGGGCAGCGCAUGUGCUGCGACUGUACAGGAUGCCGCACAUGCACAGUCCGUAUGGGCUGCCACUCGCUUGCAGCAGCCCGUACAGUCACCAUGCGAAAGCAGCAGCCCGUAAGGAUGCCUGUACGGUGAGCGAGAGCGGUGAUGCGAGCGAGAGCGAUGGUGAGCGAGAGCGGCAACCCAUACGGACUGUGGGUGCCCUCGGCUGGGGCUGGGGGGAGGCAGGGGCCAUCUUGUCACCCACAGUGGCACCCAGGGUGGCCCGCCCACUCUGCCCCCCCUUCCUAUGCCGCCGGUCAGGGGUCCUUUACCUUUUUUUAUUCCUCUUACAGAGCUACAGUGGCUUAACAAUCGAUCCCUCUUCCCAGGGAACUCUGGGGAUUUUAGUUCUGUGAGGGGAAUCCUACCAAUUCUCAGCACCCUUAACAAACUACAGUUCCCAGGAUUCUUUGGGGAAAGCUAUGACUGUUGAAACUAAUAUGAUACUGCUUUAAAUGUGUGGUGCAGAUAGAGCCAAAGAAGACUGUUAUUGCAAAGAAUAUUUACAGUAUGUUUGCCUCUGAAAGUUAUUGCAGUAUUCUGUGCUACUCCACCUGUUUGAGGAAAUGUUCCAGCUUGUUUUGAAUAUCCCUUAUCAUUUGCUCUGUGCUUUUAGUACUUUUAAGGACAGCUGGAAUCUGUAAAAGCAUAUUGGGAGAUAGCAGCUCCUCCCUAACCUCUAAGAAUUCAUUUAGCACUUGACUUGGUUCAUCACACAUAAUGGUUUAUUGCCUGACAACAAGAGCAUGUCAAGGCUUGCAUAUGUGAGCAAGCCAUAGCAGGAAUGGCUUGGUUGCUAUGAUUCACGUCUUGGUUAACCUCGCAAUUGGGCUACUGUAAUGCACAAUGCCCUGCCUUACAACAACAACAACAACAACAACAACAACAACAACAAUAAUAAAUUAUUUAUACCCCGCCCAUCUGCCUGAGUUUCCCCACUCAGCUCCCAAUCAAGUGUUAAAAACAAUACAGCAUUAAAUAUUUAAAACUUCCCUAAACAGGGCUGCCUUCAGAUGUCUUUUAAAGAUAGGAUAGCUGCUUAUUUCCUUCACAUUUGAAGGGAGGGCGUUCCACAGGGCGGGCACCACUACCAAGAAGGCCCUCUGUCUGGUUCCCUGUAACCUCACUUCUCACAAUGAGGGAACUGCCAGAAGGCGCUCGGCGCUGGAUCUCAGUGUCCGGGCUGAACAAUGGGGGUGGAGACACUCCUUCAGGUAUAUAGGACUGAGGCCGUUUAGGGCUUUAAAGGUCAGCAGCAACACUUUGAAUUGUGCUUGGAAAUGUACUGGAAGCAAAUGCAGAUCUCUCAGGAUCAGUGUUAUGUGGUCCCAGUGGCCACUCCCAGUCACCAGUCUAGCUGCCACAUUCUGGAUUAAUUGCAGUUUCUGGGUCACCUUCAAAGGUAGCCCCACGUAGAGCGCGUUGCAGUAGUCCAAGCGGGAUAUAACUAGAAUGUGUGAAACAGCCGCCAAACGUGAAGCUUGAGGAGCAGAGCACCUCACAGGAAUUGUUUCUUACAGGUCUGACAGGUACAAAGGACCGGAGACAUGUCAACUGCAAGGUAUAGCCAACAGGAGCUGUGAGCUGAACGUUUUGGUGGGUAAUCUAAUAAGAAAAUGCUAGCUAACGAGGAGAAGCUGUUUGUUGCUCUUAUUAUAAUUGUUUGAAAAUACAUUUGCUGCAAUAAUAUAGAAUUUCAAGUGCCCCUAGAUCAGGGGUCAACAAACUUUUUCAGCAGGGGACCGGUCCACUGUCCCUCAGACCUUGUGGGGGGCCCGGACUAUAUUUUGAAGAGAGAAAAAAAUGAACGAAUUCCUAUACCCCACAAAUAACCCAGAGAUGCAUUUUAAAUAAAACGACACAUUCUACUCAUGUAAAAACACGCUGUUUCCCAGACUGUCUAUGGGCCGAAUUUAGAAAGCGAUUGGGCCAGAUCCGCCCCCCCGGGCCUUAGUUUGCCUACCCAUGCCCUAGAUUAGGAAUAGGCAAACUUGGCCCUCCAGAUGUUUUGAGACUACAACUCCCUUUUUUUUUUUUUUAAUGAUAUUUAUUGGGGGGGGAAAUUAGAGUUACGAAAAAAAGAACAAAGAAAGAACAGAGAAAAACACAAACCACAUCCCACAAUACAAAUUUUAAAAAAAUAAAAAUACACCGCAGACAUUUAAAAACAAAUCCAUUCUUCUCAAAUCCUCAACUGUCAUUACCUUCUUUCUUUGACCUCCUCCUCCCUUUUUUUUGUAUCCUAGUUGUUAAUUGUUGCAGCUAAUCCUUUCCAUAUUUCAUAAAAUUCUGUCAUUACAUUACCUUAAACUAUUUUAAUCUUAUCUUACUAUAAAAAUCCUUAAAACUUAAAACUUAAAUCUUAUUUUUACCAACUUCUCAUAACCAUAAUAUUCUUACAUAAUUCUUUAAGCAUUUUUACUAAAGCCAAGUAAUUUCAUUCCAACAUUUUUCUAACAUUCAUCAAUUUUAUAAAACAAUCCUAGUAGUAGAAAAAGAAAUAAAAACAAUCCAAUCUUCAUCCAGCGUCCCUUCCUCCUGGUCCCGGGUUUUGUCAGUCCUUGUUAUCCCAUCGAUCUAGCGCAUUAACCUGGUAACCUUAUAUCCGAGGCCCUUAAGUCUCUUCCAUGUCCCUUCCGCAGCUCUUCUUCAUAUUUGUAUCUGUAUUUUCCCUUGUCUCCUGCUCGUUUCACUCGUGGGAACUCCAGCUUAACAAUAUUUUUGACCCUUCUCGACAGAUCAGCCCCUUUUCCAUAAUCCACACUAAAUUCCAUGUGGUAUUUAAGAACAUGUUUCAAAAUCCCUCCAAAAUUAGGAGCCCCACAAUCCCAGACAUCUCACGGCCCAUUGCCAGACUUGAAAAGUCCAAACAUCCCUGCAUAGGGGGGUCUAUCCAACCCCCCAUUUCCAAACCAAACCAAACUUUUUCUUUCCAAAUCUGGCUUUUUCCAAGUUCAUUUGUCAAAUCCGAAGCUCAUGUUCCUGUUGGGCCUGUUCUGUCAAGGCACACUCCUGAUUUAAUUCCUGGGUGGGCUCCACAUAUUUUCCCACUGCCUGUUCAAAAUUUCCCACUGCCUGUUCAAAAUUUCUAAUCGAAUCAGCCAUUAAAUUCGUCUUCUCAUGUAGCUGUUCCAGUAGGGCAUUUGUUUUAUAGAAAGCACACAACAGAGCUUCUGAAUACAUUGUCCUGCAAGGUCAGAUGUCUGUUCCCACGAUUGUAAUCUGUAACAGCUGUCAGCUCCCCGGAGUUAGUUACAGUUUCACAGUCUCCCUCUAGGGGGAAAACUUCUAUUUGUUCUUUCUUUUAAAGACAAGUCUAGCAACAAAAGUUUCCUUUUUCAUAUAUUUUGUCAAUAUUUGUUCCUUUAAGAAGCGAAGGGGAACAAUGGAGUCAAAGUUUCUCUUCUUAUAGCUAUCUGUCAAAAACGUUGUCUCUGGUCAAUGAGCUUCAAAAAACGUCAGUCCUAACACCCCGCUCCAGGAUCAGGACGGUGGAAAGUUACUUUACUUUACCCUCACUUCUGCAGGUUUAAACAGUCCGGAAAAAUCCCCCCUCUUCUCCUGCUUCUGAAGGGGGUUCAACAAUUUUAAAUGAUGAAAGUUAAUCUUUUACAGGCGAUUUUCUGAGCUCUAGUUUGCCAUGUGUUUGCUUUAAUCUAUCUACAGAGAAACGGAAGGCUGACUUCCUGUUUAGACCUUCCCGUUUCAGCACCAAAUUAAGGUGAACUUUUAAGUCCAAUUUUCCUUUCUGCUCACAAGUCCUUAUUUAGAGUCCAAUUAUCCGAGUUUAGGUACUCACGGGUGAUUAUUUUAGAAGCCAGAUUGUCCCAGGAAAAAGGCAGCGCUCUCCGGCAACGGCUGUGCGGCUUCGCUCCACGGAAGAAGCAGUUGACUCUCAGCACCGCGCCACUUCCCCCUCUUCGCUUCGGAGCCCAUUAUUGGGUUCCUUUGCGGGUUGGAGGGGCGCUAAGGGUACCCGCCGAGUCCCAUGGUCACAGGCUUCAUCCGCCUGUGAUUUUUGAAUGGGUCCCCGCUUCGCCGUAGCGGAAAAGACCCGAUUCCCGUGGAGCUGGUCCCUCCAGUUCAGAGGGAGUCCGCCAUUGCCGAUGGCGCCACCCCGGAAGUCCCACCGAGACUACAACUCCCAUUAUCCCUAGCUAACAGGACCAGUGUUCAGGGAUGAUGGGAGUUGUAGUCCCAAAACAUCUGGAGGGCCGGGUUUGCCUAUGCCUGCCCUAGAUUCUGCUACAAUUUUAGUCUGUUUUCCCUUUGUGAGCAUCUGUGCCAUAAAGUUGACAUUUCUGCCCCAGCAGCAGAGAAUAACUCAAAAUUAUUUACUGUUGGGAUGUAGGGAACCAGAGGUUAUACCACCAUUACUCCUCUCUCCAUGUUGUUUUGGUUAUCUCCUUCUUCAUUGGAAGGGGGAGGAAAAAGGGGCAGCAUUCCUCUGAUAUUCCUCCCACAUCAGGUGCAGGGAACCUCUGGCUCUCCAGAUGUUUCCAAACUGCAAAACCCAUCAUCCCUGGCCAUUAGCCAUGCUUGGUGAGGCUGAUGGGAGUUGCAGUUUAGCAACAUCAGGAGUGCCAAAGAUUCCCCACAGCUGCCUCACACCAUUCUUCUAUGGAUAGAUCUAUACUGCAGCCUGAAAACUAAUCUAAUAGCCCUGGGAUAUGUGUCUUAUUUUUUAUUUAUCUGUUACAUUCAUAUGCUGCCUUUCUGCAAUGAGAGUGGUCCUUAAGGGGCCUUACAAUCACAACCCAUAAAAUUACUAAAGAGUACAAAGUGUUUAAAGCAACUCACCAUUGAAUGAUGAUGAUGAUUAACUUCACUUUUAAAGAUGAACCUAAUUUGCACUUUCCAAAAUAAUGCACAAACUGCACAAACUGAAAUGGGAUAGCUCACCUGGUGCUGGUAAUACCACAGUUGCAGGUUCGAUCCCCAUAUAGGACAGAUGCAUAUUUCUGCAUUGCAGGGGGUUGGACUAGAUGAUCCUAAGGGUCCCUUCCAGCUCUAAAAUUCUUUGAUUCUAUACAUGUAUUCAUGAAAAUAGCAUUACCUGUAUAUUACAGGAAACUGCUUUGUAAAAAUGUGCAUGUUCAGCAAAAUUAUGUAUAAAAAUGUGUGUAUUAGGAUAAAUUCACACUAAAGUGCUGAUUAAUUUUCAUGAAGGCUUUUUGGGGGUGGGGAGGAAAGUGAUAUAGAAAUGUGGAGAACUGAACUAGGAAAGUGAGAAACAGAGAGAGAGAGAAACCAAAACUGACACGUUCACCCACUGCCACUUCCAGUUAUAACUUGUGAAGCUGGGUGGUGGGGUGAGCAGGUGUGGCACAGCUAUCAGGUAUUUUUGACUCACCAGCUGAUGGGUUCAAAUUAUAGAUAGCAGCCUUUCCAACUAUUAUUUCCAACAUCCCUAAUGAUAGUAUAACUGAUCAUGAUCACAAUAAUGCUUUUAUUUGUCUUCAGAAAUUUGACAUGACUAUUACACACGCUAUUCUUGUGGAAGUGUAUUGCCGUACUGGGCAGAACCGGACGUGGAUGCAGAAUCAAAGGAUGUGUCCUUUUCAGAACCGUGAGUUUAAAGUACCUACAUUUCUUGAUACACUGUGCUAUCUUUUCGGAUCAUACAACAAGGUUCCUUCCAGAUGUUGCAGGACUACAGCUCCCCUCAUCCCAUGCUAGCUCAGAUGGACAGGAGUUUGAGUCCAUCAACAUCUAGAGGGUACCAUGUUGACUAUUCUGAUAUCAUGCCUUUACCUAUUCACUGCACCUGAGCUCCCAUUUGACAGCUUCUACACAGCCCGUUUGGUGUUCAGCUGUGGAUAAUAGGAGAUAAGUUCAUCUCAGGGCAAAUAAUCUUGCCUGGAUGGAAGUCAUUGUGAUGCUUCACAAUCCAAUGUAACGCACAGGCACCCACUGGGCAGCUAUAAUCCCAAACUGUCCUAGAAACCCAACCCGAAAUAUAUAUUCACACACACAACCAAGGCUGUGCCCUGCCUUGGUUCCCAUGAUCAAAUCUGGGGAUUGAGCUCUAUGCAUCUACUCCCAGCCCCUUUGCUCUAGCUUUGUUCCUCCUUUGCACAGACCGGAAACCAUGGUUACAUGAAAACAGGGAACUAUGGUUAAUGGCUUCCAAACAUUCCAGAUCCAGAAGCCAGCUUUGUACCAGGGUAUAAAAGUUGGUUUCCAAAUUCUGGCUUGUUUAGAAGCCAGUUCUCUGAUUAGCACAUAACAAGAAGCCAUGGUUUUACUGCAGGUUAGAAUCAUAGAAUCAUAGAGUUGGAAGAGACCACAAGGGCCAUCGAGUCCAACCCCCUGCCAAGCAGGAAACACCAUCAGAGCACUCCUGACAUAUGGUUGUCAAGCCUCUGCUUAAAGACCUCCAAAGAAGGAGACUCCACCACACUCCUUGGCAGCAAAUUCCACUGUCGAACAGCUCUUACUGUCAGGAAGUUCUUCCUAAUGUUUAGGUGGAAUCUUCUUUCUUGUAGUUUGGAUCCAUUGCUCCGUGUCCGCUUCUCUGGAGCAGCAGAAAACAACCUUUCUCCCUCCUCUAUGUGACAUCCUUUUAUAUAUUUGAACAUGGCUAUCAUAUCACCCCUUAACCUCCUCUUCUCCAGGCUAAACAUGCCCAGCUCCCUUAGCCGUUCCUCAUAAGGCAUCGUUUCCAGGCCUUUGACCAUUUUGGUUGCCCUCCUCUGGACACGUUCCAGUUUGUCAGUGUCCUUCUUGAACUGUGGUGCCCAGAACUGGACACAGUACUCCAGGUGAGGUCUGACCAGAGCAGAAUACAGUGGCACUAUUACUUCCCUUGAUCUAGAUGCUAUACUCCUAUUGAUGCAGCCCAGAAUUGCAUUGGCUUUUUUAGCUGCCGCGUCACACUGUUGGCUCAUGUCAAGUUUCUGGGUUUGUUUCAUUACUUGGGCAGUGGAAGGAGUAAAGUGGCAGCAACUGGACUAUGUGUGGGUGCAAGUUAGUUGUGCAGAUCCCUGGGGAAGGGCUGUAACUCAUUGGUAUAGCAUAGACCUUGGAUGCAGAAGGUCACAUCUCCAAAUAGAACUGGGAGAGACACUUGCCUGAAAGCCAAACCACUGCCAAUCAGUGUGGAAAAUACUGAGCUAAGUGGACCAAUGGUCUGUCUCAGUAUAAGGCUGCUCUUUGUGUUCCUAUAUUAUCAAACCAGGAUUUGAUUGUGUGAAUGCAGUUGCCAUUUGUGUACCUUCACAAGGAGAAAGACACGUGGAAAGCAACAGCCCCAUGCACCUAAACCCUCAUUAGCAUCAUAGAAUUUUAGAGUUGGAAAGGACCCAGAGGACCAUCUCAUCCAACCUCCUGCUAUGCAGGAAUAACACUGAAGAACCCAUGGCAGAUGGCCACCCCUCCUCUGUUUAAAAGCCUCCAAUGAACAAGAGAACACCACCUUCCAAGUAGCACCAAAACAAGGUUGCAAAGAAGAGGUGCUUUAUUUGUAACUAACUUGACAUUAGCAGUCAUCAAGGUCAGGACAAUGUGUGUGUGUGUACCAAGUCCAUAUAACUUAGAAUGGGCCAAAGAUAAGAGUAGGGCUGAGCCCAACCACAUCUUCCAUCUUGUCAUUUCACGUGGUAUCUUAUCCUGCCAUCAGAUCUCCUGUUCUUGGGCGUCAAACUGACAGUAAAUGAGACAGACAAGAUACUAUGGCCAGGGUGGAGGAACUUCUGAUUGCCACAACAAACCCAAUAAGCUUACUCCUGUUAUGGCUGUGACUCCUUUAAGAUGGGCCCCACUGGCCCCUAAACAUGCAACAACUAGUGUUCAGCUCUUUCAUUUCCUAGGUGGGCAGGGCUCUUUUGCCAAAGAAUAUGUACUUAUUUGCCCUGGUGGCUAAGUUCUAUGCCCACUGUCAGUGGACGUAAUGCCUCUGAAUACCAGCUGCUGGAAGCCACAGGAGGGAGAGUGCUCUUCCGCUCAGGUUCUGCUUUUGGGCUUCCCACAGGCAUCUGGUUGGCCACUGUAAAAAUAGGAUGCAGGACUAGAUGGACCACUGGCCUGAAUCAGCAGGUCUUUUCUUAUGUUUCUCUCGACACAUUUUAUUGGUGUUUUUAUUUAUCUCGUUGUAAUUCUAUAUGCUGUCCACCUCCUUUCUAGGUUUUUAAAAAAUAAAAAUGUGGUCUAUAAAUUAUUUUCAUAAAUAAGCAUUAAGUCAAAAGGGAGAGCAAUGUAAAUGGUAAACGUCUCUCCGUCUCUCCCCUUCCCCUAUAGCUGUUACAGCUGUGACUGCUGCAAAGGGACCCACCCCCAACAGAAACAGUGGGAGUGUGGCAUUGGUUCCUGACUGUACAGCAACAAACACUUGGUUCUUUCAGUUCCCCUACCUGCAAAGAUGUUCCAUUUAUUGUUCCUCCAGUAGUGAGUGACUGGUGUAAGUAAGAUGGGAGGACAAUGUGGUUUGUCUCACUGCAGGCAUUGUAGCUGUGAUCAGGGGCAGAGGAAGGGGGGUGCAGUAGGGGCGGUGCUCCCGGGUGUCACCACUGAGGGGUUGCAAAAUGCCGGGCGGCACUCACCGUGGGGCCUGUAGCGCGCCUGAGCCAUGCUUCUCUCCGGGGAGAGACGUGGUGGCUUGGGCGAGCGCAGGCUCCCCGCUGCCCAAACUGUCCACUGCCCAAACUAUAGGGCGGCUGAGUGGGAGGAGGCAGGCAGACUCCUUGGAGGCCCUGUGGAGCGCCCAGCCCUGGCUUGCUCCUCCCCGGGGGCAGUUGGCCCCACCUGGGCUUGCUCCACCACUGGCUGUGAUUUUCUAUCUGUGAGACAGUCAUGCAGAAAAGAGUGGAGCAAGGCCCAUUUUCACUGAGAGAUUGAGGCUUACUGUCACAACAGACCCUUCUACAAGGAUUGGGAAACUGUGGACUCCAACCUCCAUCAUCCCAAGCCAAGAUAGCCAAUGACUGAGUAUUAUGGAUAUUGUAACUUAACAAAAUAUGGAGUGUCGUAGGUUCAUUCAGUUCAGCUUGCAUUUUAACGCAAGCCUACCCAAAACAAGGGAAGUAAUAGUACCGUUCUAUUCUGCCUUAGACCACACCUGGAGUACUGUGUCUAGUUUUGGGCUCCACCAUUUAUGAGGGAUAUUGACAUGCUUGAACAUCUACAGAGGAGGGCAACCAAGAUUAUAAAGGGUCUAGAAACCAAGACUUGUGAGGGAGGUUGAGGGAGCUGAGUAUGUUUAUUUUAUUUUAUUUUUUUUAAUUAAUAUUUAUUAAAGUUUCAGAAAGAAUAAAAUCACAUUAAUAAACAAGAGAAUUUUUUAAAAAAAACAGAGAAAAAUACACAAUACAAAAUACAAAAUACAAAAAGAUAAAAAAAGAAGAAAGAAAAAAACCAGUUAAAAACAAUUCCGUCUUUUCAUAACUUCUUUUACAUUUACUUGUUUCCCAGACUUCCUCAUACCUCCCUCUUUUGUAUUUCAAUUCAGUUUGUAAGUCCAGGAAUUUCUUUCCCUCCUUUUUAAUUCCAAUCCUAAAUCUUAAUAUAUUAUGACAUUAGAUUUUUACCUAUUUAAAACCAAUUUUCCAUUUCUUUUAACCUUUUUAAUCCUAAUCCUUAAUCUUAAUAUAUUUAUAGCUUUAAAGCCUGUACAGCUAGAAGCCACUUAACUUCAAUCCAACAUCACUCUAACAGUCAUUAAUUUUGCAAUGUUUCUGUAAAUAAUCUUUGAAUUUCUUCCAAUCUUCUUCCACCGACUCUUCUCCCUGGUCACGGAUUCUGCCAGUCAUUUCCGCCAAUUCCAUGUAGUCCAUCAUUUUCAUCUGCCAUUCCUCCAGUGUGGGUAGCUCUUGUGUCUUCCAAUACUUUGCGAUGAGUAUUCUUGCUGCUGUUGUAGCAUACAUAAAGAAAGUUCUGUCCUUCUUUAACACCGAUUGGCCGACUAUGCCCAGGAGAAAGGCCUCUGGUUUCUUCAAGAAGGUCUAUUUAAAUACCUUUUUUAAUUCAUUAUAUAUCAUCUCCCAGAAAGCCUUAAUCUUUGGGCACGUCCACCAAAGGUGGAAAAAUGUACCUUCAGUUUCUUUACAUUUCAACAUUUAUUAUCAGGCAAAUGGUAGAUUUUUGCAAGCUUGACUGGGGUUAUGUACCACCUGUAUAUCAUUUUCAUAAUAUUCUCUCUUAGGGCAUUACAUGCCGUAAACUUCAUACCUGUGGUCCACAACUGUUCCCAGUCAGCAAACAUAAUGUUAUGUCCUACAUCUUGUGCCCAUUUAAUCAUAGCAGAUUUCACCGUUUCAUCCUGAGUAUUCCAUUUCAGCAGCAAGUUAUACAUUCUUGACAAAUUCUUAGUUUUGGGUUCUAACAGUUCUGUUUCUAAUUUUGAUUUUUCCACCUGGAAGCCAAUUUUCUUAUCCAAAUUGUAUGCCUCCAUUAUCUGAUAAUAAUGAAGCCAGUCUCGCACUUUGUUUUUUAAUUUUUCAAAGCUCUGCAAUUUCAAUUUGUCUCUUCUGUAGGUCUUCUCCGUGGUCUCUCCAAAAUUUGUCUUUGUCGUCUUCUGAUCUUAUUUUUAUCUUCUUUCCUUUGUAACUAAAGGAUAGACCUUGAGGAAAUUCCCACCUAAAGAUGAUUCUGUUGCUUCUCAACAGGGUAACCAGGUCUUUGUAGUUAAACCUGAGGUCCAGAAGAUGUUUCGGAAUAUCCUUGAAUAUCUCCACUUUUGACUGUUGUAUUUCCAAAGUCUUCUGGAAAUGCAAACUCAAAAUCUUGUCUCUCUCUUCUUUUGUUCGGAGGGUGAUCAAACAGUCUCUCACCCUGUUCUUUCUCCCUCCUUUUCCAAGUCUAAAAGCACUCACUAUUUUAAAACUAUCUUUCCCCAAAUCUGGGUUCCAAAAAUCUAGGAAUUCCUGUGUAAGAAAUUCAACUAAAUUGUCUUUCUCCACUUCAGGUACAGCCCUGACCCUUAAGUUCACUUGUUUCUCCUUCAACUCGAUCAUAGACAGAAUUGACUUAUGGUCUUCAAGUUGUUUAUGUAGCGGUGGUAUCUUUUCUUGAACCACUGUAGCAGUAGCUGUAGCGAUUUCUUUAGCCUCUUCGGCAGUCUUACAUGUCGAAGCAGCUUCCUGUAAUAAUUUCUGAAUUGUUUCUGUGUUAGUAUUUACUUUCUGUCCCAGAUUAUUGAUACUUGCCGUAUUUUGGUUAAUACUUGUCGUAUUUUGAUCAAUCUUAUCCGAUGCCUCGGCUACUUGUUUACUUAUUCUAUCCAAAGAUUCAUUAAUUUUAGCUAGUGCCUGAGCCAGGGCAUCGUCACUUUCCAUACCUUUAGUUUUAGGUUGUGCCAAUGAGGUUGCUGUUGGAACUCCGGGGGGGCCAGAUGUCGAAGCCCUCCUUUGCAAUCCACCGUCUGUGCGAAAUACUCUGCCAGACCUUGUUGCUUGUAACAAAUCUAUCUUCUCUUUCCCAUCUGCCAUAACCCUCAAGAUAAAACUCAAGGUCAGUCACACAGUCAGAGUCAAAGUUGUUUUGAAAUGGAAAGUUCCCAGGAAAUUGUUGUGGGAGAUUUCCUCAGGCCAGCUGCAGUUGUAACUAGUUCCAAAUUCCACUAGGGGGACACUGUAACAGUCAUAAAGUUCUUAAAGUAAUUUACUUCUCCCUUUAGUCCCCCAAUUCACCAGAAAGAUAACAAUCUAUCUCAGGCUGUUACUUUAAGACCAGGAGAUACCUAUCAGCAAUAUUGUAACCAAGUUGUAUUUCAGAUGCAGAGCUAGCUGUCAAAAUACGUUCAAAGACAGUGCGUUCUCUUAGGCUUCUUACUGACACUGGGAACCCGUUCCGGGGGUUUUCAACGGUGGUUUUUGUCUCCUCUUCCUCUCUUUUUCUUAGGGAAAUAACGUUCAAAGCUUCUCCCCCUCCUCCCCCAAAUUGAGGGGGGGAAAACACAGUUAGAUGAUCGGAUUGUAAUCCUUUUGCGCAUCUUUUAAAGCUUCCACUUUCAAGUUCAGUGCUUUGUUCUAUUUACAAGAGUGGGAGGCAGACUUCCUUUUUAUACCUCUCCGCUUCGGUAGCCAAUUAUUUCAAAUUUUGUACAGUUCCUUUAAUUACGAAGUUAUCCUACUCACGGAUCGUUGUUUUCGAAGCCAAAUUGUCAAGGAAAAAAGGCAGCGCUCUCCGGCAACAGCUGCGCGGCUUCACUCCACAGAAGAAGCAGACGACUCACAGCACAGCGCCACUUCCCCGCUCUGUUCCGGAGCCCGUUGCCGGGUUCCUUUGCAGAUUGGGGGGGUGCAGACAGUGCCCACCGAGUCCCAGGGUCACAGGCUUCACCCGCCUGUGAUUUAAGGGGUCCCCGCUGUGCCGAAGUGGUGUCAGACCCGAUUUCUGUGGAGCAGGUUCCCUCCGGAUCAGAGGGAAUCCGCCAUUACCGUUGGCGCCACCUCCGGAAGUCUUUGAGGGAGCUGAGUAUGUUUAGCCUGGGAAAGAGGAGACUGAGAGGGGAGCCAUUUUAAAAUAUCUACAGGGUGUCACAUGGAGGAUGGAGCAAGCUUGUUUUCUCAUUUCUUCAGGAGCUAGGACUUGAAUCAGUGGCUUCAAGUUACAAGAAAGGUGAUUCCGACUAAACAUAGGAAGAACUUUCUGAUGGUAUGAGCUGUUGGACAAUAGAAUGGACUCCUUCAGGAGGAGGUGGACUCUCCUUCCUUGGAGGUCUUUAAGCAAAGGUUGAAUGGUCAUCUGUCAUGUAUGAUCUAGUUGAGAGUCAUGCAUUGUAGGAGAUUGGACUAGUUGACCCAGAGGUCCCUUCCAACUCUACAAUUCUAUGUUUCUAUGAUUCUGUGUAACAAACCUUAGAAAUUUGUACUUCUCCACAUUUUGAGAUGCAGUUCUCAACCCCCUAGAAAUGCAUUAAACUGUGUAUAUUAGUAGGAAAGGUGCAUAAAAACACAUUAAAAAGAGAAUAUUUUAUAGUCUUAGCAAACUGCUUUAAGGUUUUAUUUACAGUUAAGUGAUAUACAUUUUUUUCUUAAAUUGCAUGCAUGUAUGAAAAUAACACAAAAUGCAUUGCAUUAGGGGAAACUGCAAAAACGUAUGUAUUAGGGAAAAUUGUAUGUGGCAAUGCAUACUGUAUCGUAGGGGAAAUGCACACUUAAUUGCUAGCAGAUUUUCGUGAGGAGGAUUUUUUUCUAAUGCAAAUUGACGUGGAACUGUUUUGAGCUGAGCUGAAGAUUAGAAAAAGGAGAAACUGAGAAGAACUGAAAUUGAAAGAUUCAUCCAUUGCUAUCUUUGGCUAAGGCACACAGUAGAGGCUUAAAAUGCUGCGUUACAAGUUGUGAUUUGCAUGCUGUUCUAUACACUAGAGAGUCUUCACCUGGUGCACAUUACCUGUUGGAUUUCCCUGCCCCUGCAGCCCCCCUGAACUGUCAAUCAUGAAGGUGUCAUCUGCACAUGUGCAAUGCCUGUCUCAAAUGCACACACGUCAGCUUAACUGCCAAGCGGGUGCGGCUCCAGUUUUCCUUUCAGAUUGAAGCUGGUUUCAGAGAAAAGGCACCAAACAACAUCAUUUCUCGAGAAGCAACAGGAUAGCUCUGUGUUGCGGGUAACUUCAUGUGUAGACAGAUUCAAAAGUCAGCAGUGGAAAGCACUGGAACCACAGCAAAAGUUAAUGUGUUCCCAGCUCAGCAGUUUUGUUGUUAAUGUUACCUGCUGGUCCUCUCUUGUUCUCUUUAGUUCGACUGCGGUCUCCUUGCAACGUCCAAAUGGAAAAUGACGACAAGCUUUCCUACAAUUUAACUUGGAAGCUCUGUGCUCUCUCACAUUAUUUAGAAAAUGAGGUGGAGUACCAAAUACGAUAUAUUAAAAAAGAUCCUAGUAAGGUGAGUGUGAAGAGACAUCUAUAUGAAUGGUAAAGAUUUGAUCUGGUUUAUUCUUUUGUAGUCCACUUUCCUUUCCUUUCCUUGGACCCAGAAAGCCAUUCUAAUACAAGAUCCAAAACAAUAAAGUGAUACAUUUUAGAGGUGCAGCAGAAAUGCAACCUCCUCUUGAGAAAGCAGGGGUGCCAACUAUAGGGGGUGUAAGGUACUUCAGCUCCCUCAAUAUUGGUGGGCAGGGCACUGAGCCCCCACCCCCAAUUUUGAGGGGGCUGACAUCUCCCGCCACAGCCGGGUGCCCUCUGCGUUCUCCAGCCUCUACCUGGGAGCCCAGGAGCCGGGUGGGGGCUGGAACGAGCAAAGGCAAAGAUCGCCCUCCAUGUGUCCUGCCCCCACCCAGCACAUGCUGGGUGACAUCAUGUGACACGUCACAUGGCUGAGCCCCUGUGAGAAAGUGAAGUAUUUAUUGGUUAGCUGCCCAUACCUUUUGUAUUAGAAGUUAAGUAGAAGGUCAAAGAAGUCAGGCUCUCAUGCCUCAAUCAGUUGAUCAACUCUAACGGAACAGAUCAGGAUAAUCACUGAGUGUGUGUCCAUAUAGAGAUUAAGGAAUUAUUGGGCAGAUCCCAGUACAAUACCUCAAGGAACACCUCUCUCCAUAUGAACCCACCUGGACCCUGAGAUCAUCAUCUGAGGCCCUUCUACAAGUACCUCCUCUUUGAGGGGUCUGGAGGGUGGCAACACAAGAACGGGAGUUUUCUGCAGUGGCUCCCCAUUUGUGGAAUGCUCUCCCCAGGGAGGCUUGCUUUGCACCUUCAUUAUACACUUUUAGGUGCCAGGCAAAAACUGUCCCCUUCAAUCAGGCUUUGGGCUGAUUGACAUCCGGUGCCCUAAAUGUGUCAUGGAAGGAGGGGAUUAUUGGUUUGUUGCUGUUUUUAUAUUUAUCAUGUAUUUUGCAGUUUUUAUAGUGUAGUUUUAUGUUGUGAAGCACCCUGAAAUCGACGGAUGCUAUACAGAUUUAAUGUAAUAGUAGUAGUAAUGGAUACAGCAUUUGGGACUUCUUCAUUUAGAGAAAAGGUGAGCUAGAGGAGAUACGGUAGAGGUGUAUAAAAACUCUGCUUGGUGCAAAAAAAAAAGUGGAUUGUGAAAAAUUUUCCUGCCCUCCCAAAACAUUAGAAUUUGGGAACAUCCAAUGAAGCUAAUUGUUAGAAGAUUCAUAAUUACUCAAGAAAAUACUUAUUUACAGAGUGCAUAAUUAUACUAUGGAAUUCAGUCCCAAGAAGUAGUAGUGAUGGUCACCAACUUAGAUUACUUUAAGGGAGGCUUAGAUAAAUUCAUGGAGGAUAAAGAUAUCAGUGGCUACUACCCAUGAACUACAUCCACUGCCAGAUGAGAACAGAAUGCUGGACUAGAUGGGUUCUUCUUACGUUCUUCUUAUGUUCUUCUAGAGGGCAGCAAUGCACAAACAUGUUGUGUAUAAUCAAGGAGUGCACACAGUCUGAAAUCAUUCCCCAUCUUGCAGGCUUACAUAAUCGGCUCCAAUAUUCAGGAUCAGAGGUGGAUGAAAUUUGAGACUCUUUCUCCCAACACAAUGUAUGAGGCCGCUGUUCGUGUGAAGGUAAAAAAGAGCACGGCUCUUUACAAUAGCACAUGGAGCAAAUGGAGUGUGCCUGUAACAUGGACAACCCAUAAAGGUAAGGCUCACAGAACAAAACCUGUAGGAUACUUGAAAAAUGGGACAGAUAAGGACCCCAAAGCCUUUAUAAAUUGGGGGGUGGGGUGGACUUAGUGUCAAACAGGCUCUGCAUUAUGUAAUCAGGGGUGUAUCUAUGUACUGGAGCAUGGGGGGGGGGGAAUCUCUGAGAAACGCAUAUACAGUGGUACCUCAGGUUACAUACACUUCAGGUUACAGACUCCGCUAACCCAGAAAUAGUGCUUCAGGUUAAGAACUUUGCUUCAGGAUGAGAACAGAAAUCGUGCUCCAGUGGCACGGCAGCAGCAGGAGGCCCCAUUAGCUAAAGUGGUGCUUCAGGUUAAGAACAGUUUCAGGUUAAGAACAGACCUCCAGAACGAAUUAAGUACUUAACCCGAGGUACCACUGUGCUUUCCAGCCUGGCUAGAUCUACACAGCUGUUCAAAAAACGCUAUGAAAACACUCUGAAAAAAAAACUUUUUAAACUUCACAUAAUGGAAAAUAUUGAGUUGAGAUUUCAGUUCUGCAGCGCCAUCUGGUGUCACUGUGCUAUAACACAUUUAUAACUUAAUUUGCCUAAUGUAGCUGUCAGUGUAAAAACAUAUUGCAUUAUCAGAGGCCUUUGCCCAUACAGCCUGCCACUCUAGGAAUGAGCAAAUUGGGCUAUUUUUAGCCGAUGUCAAUUUCACAUGAGAUCACCCAUAAGUCUGUUCAGUCUCAUUCAGACAUUAAUUUGAGAUACUGCAUUAAAAAAAAAAACUGCAUGAAGAUUCACACUUAAAAGUGUAAUUUUAUACAUUUUCCCCCUUCAAAGUAUGGAUUUCCAAACCCUUUUUGAUCCUCGUAGGCUGCAGGCCUGAGCAUACUUACUACAGCAAGUUUGUUUACAUGGGGCCCCUGAGUCUCCCCUUGCUGAAAUUAAGUAUUUUUUAAAAAAAACCAACCCUUCUGUGGUUGCCCAUAAAAUAGGAUGCAGCAGUCAGGGGUGAUGAGAGUUGUAGUCCAGCAACAUUGGCGGGCCACAGGUCCCCCAAUCCUAUUCUAUAGGUACCGUUUUUAGGCCCUUCUCAUUUUUUCCCCCUUGUUGUACAUAUCUGCUUUUAAUCUGGAAGCCAUCAUGGGACACUUCAGAGGUUAUCAAGGUGUGUGUUUGCAAGGGGAGAGCAACAAAAUAGAAGUGCAAAUAUUAUUUGCUAUUAAUUAUUCAAGGCAGCACUACAAAAAGUGCUUCAGCCACCCAUAUAUAAAUAUUCCCUUCCACUUUUUUGUUGAAUGGAGACCAACACUUGCAGGGAUGCAUUGAGUUGCACACCCUUAAAUCCAUGCACCCUUAAAUCUGAGGAUGAAGGCUGAGCCAAAAUUUCCCAGAAAACAUUUUUUUCAGAGAAAAAUUCUGAGAUUGCGCUCUCUCUUUUCUAACCCCUUAGAGAAAGUAACGCCACUUUGCAGAACUUUUUCUGAAUAUUCUCCACUGUAGGGGUGGGUGGGUGGGAGGGUGUUAGUAAUGCCAACCAUUCCUCCUCCCUUCUUCCCUCACAAUUCCCUGGAAUGACAAUAGUCUGGGACACUGUGGAGGUUGUAGGAAAGGGGCUAGCCUAACAACACAGUUGCAGCACCACAUGCAAAAAGAAUCUUAGGAAACAAACACUGCUAAGAACCAACCCUGUGUUGGUGAAUUUCUCCCACACCUGGAGAAAUUCUGUGUCUCUGCACACCAAUAGGGUGGAUAAUUUUAAGAGGCGAUUUGUAUACACCUGUUCCUUUGGUUCAGAUGGGAAUCAACUGUCUUCCAUGAAUGGCUAAUUCCUCCUCUUUGUAGGGGAUGCAUCGUCUCCAAGUCUGCUCCUGACAGUUCUUCUCACCCUUUUGGGGAGUCUCAUCUUCAUCUUCCCCUUCUUCAUUGCCAUUUUCCUGAGGGGCAAAUCACCGGCAUCAAAACGGUAACAGGGAACAGAGAUCUUGCUUCCAUACUCUGACACUAACUGUUUCCUUAGCCAACAGCUAUACUGUGAUAAUGAUCACUUCUGCAUGUGAUGGGAAUGAGGUGGUAGAAUGGGCUGUAGCUUCUGACUGCAGCUGGAAGAUUCCACUUUUAAUGAUCCUUGAUGUAAGCACUUCCUAAGCAGAAAAUUAGCUGAGCAAGGAAAGGACUCAUCUUGAACCUUUCUCCCCUAGGUUUUAGUUUUCUUCGUGCAAGGAGUUUUCUUCUGAAGGGGAAUCUUCAGACAUGAUACCCACACACACCCCUGCAGUCUGAAGGAGUACAGUCUGUCUUCUCCACUGCCUCAUGUUUCUACCGCUGCACUCUGCUGAAUGGGCAGAACCAGCCUGAAAAAUGGCAUCAAGGUUUCUCUGAAUUUUUGAGACCUAAGUCAGAAAUCUCACAUGGUUCCCAGUCAUCCAAAUCCUCUGUUUCUGUUGUUGUUGCUGAGGAGGAGGGAGAAUGUCCUUAGAUUUCAUUCAUAAUAAGGACACAGAUGACGCUGUGGUCUAAACCACUGAGCCUCUUGGGCUUGCUGAUCAGAAGGUCUGUGGUUUGAAUCCGCACAAUGGGUGAGCUCCCAUUGCUCUGUCUGAGCUCCUGCCAACCUAGCAGUUUGAAAGCACACCAGUGCAAGUAGAUAAAUAAGUACCGCUGUGGCAGGAAAAUAAACUGCAUUUCCAUGCACUCUGGUUUCCGUCACGGUGUCCUGUUGUGCCAGAAGCAGUUUAGUCAUGCUGGCACCAUGACACGGAAAGCUGUCUGUGGAAAAACGCCGGCUCCCUUGGCCUGAGAGCAGGAUGAGCAUUGCAACCCCAUAGUCGCCUUUGACUGGACUUAACUGUCCAGGGGUCUUUUACCUACUAGGCAAUGGCUUUAUGUUGCUGUUAAUACCCUUUUUGCCUUUUUUCAGUUGAACAAAUUACAUUUUUUUAUUAUUUAAUUGUUAAAUUUGUAUACCGCCCUAUACCUGUAGAUCUCAGGGCAGUUCUCAACAUAAAAUUACAAUAUAAAAUGCCCACUAAUAAAAAUAAGAACAAAGACAACCUAAUAAUCCCCCCCCCUUCCACAAUAUGUUUAAAAGGGCAUCAGAUGUCCAUCAACCAAAGCCCUGGUUAAAGAGCUGCCAAACAUUCACACGACUAGUCCACCACCCUCCUGCAUUCCUGGCUAUGCUUAGUUGUACUGUUGUCCAAACCCAUAUUCCCUUUGCACCCUUCUCACCCUAAGCUCUGUUUGCUUUAGCUUAAGGAAGGUGCUGAAGAUCCAUUUGCCAGACCCUGCUGAGUUCUUCCCGUCUCUCACUGCUGUCCAUGGAGGAGAUAUCCAGGUAAGGUGGACUUGGAGGUUGAGGGGGUAAGGAGAUGGAGGACAAGACUGCUGCCUAUAAUUUGGGAUGGAUAGUUUUUGCUUAUCUUAAGCUUCUCAUUUAUCCAACCUUAAGUGCAGCUUGCAACAUUUCACUUUGCAUGUUUUUUUGUGAGGCGCAGCAAAGACUCUCAGUCCCUCCUAUUAUGGUAUUUGUAUUCAAUCUGAUUUUUGUCUGUCUGAAGGUUGCUAUUGGUAAAUUUAGACAAGUCAUAAUCCACACAAAUAUUGCAUAUCUGUGGUAGGGAUUAAUCCAUCAAUUUCAUUUUUUCCCUCAGUUUCAUAUUUUUCCAGUCUUAUGUUGAGUUUGCCACAUUCCCACAUUGGCGCUAUUGAAAAAAAUAGUCAUUGCAAAAAAUAAUAAUAGUGUGCAUUUCUCCUGAUAUACUGACGUUUAUGUACAAUUUCCCUUAACAAAAUGCAUUUUUGUACACAUUAUUUGCCUGGAGAACUGCAUCUCAAAAUUCAGAGAAGUGUGAAUGUUGAAGGAGGGAGCUGCUUUUCAGCCCACAUGUUGUUUCAAGGAAGUGCAAAUUUGGUAGAGUCAUGUGAAAAUGCAAACUGAAACACAUUUCUUCCCCUCCAGUUUUAGCCCUUAUUGUAAGUAGCAUGACCACAGUCGUUGCUAUUAUUUAUUUGUUGACAUAUUUUUAAACCACUCUGCAUCAGUUAGAACUCAGGGUGUUAUACAAAAAGAGACAGCUCACCUGUCAAAAUGGGUCCUGCCAACUGGAUCCAAUUCCCCAGCCCUGGAUUAUAGAUCAGGGGAAGCUAUUCUGUAUGAGUUCAAUUUAUUGAAUACAUGAAUUGAAUACAUGAAUGGAACACUCGCCAACUUCUGCUUGUUUCUUUGAUGGUGGCAUUGCACCUGUUUGAACAUUACCCUUUAUUUUCUUUUUGUACUUCCCCACUAAAACCAACAGAAGUGGCUCUCCUCGCCAGCGCCCAUGUCUUCCUUCUACCUGGCUGCAGCAGUUCCAGAUGUUUCUGUGCUUGAGGUGAUGCAGAAAGGCAAUCAAGAGCCUUGCCUCCUCCUUCCCAAGGAACAUCCUACUCAUACGGAUGCACCAGAGACUAGUGGACAUUCUUCAUCCAGCUGCGUUACCAACCGGGGCUAUUUUUUCUUCCACACCGAUGAUUCUCUCGAGAUUGAGCCCUGCAAGGUGUAUUUCACCUACGACCCGCUUACUCAAGAGAUCAGUGGCAGUGAGGACAGCGACCCUGACUCCUACAAAGUGCUCCAUGAAACUUGGGACAACCGGUCGCCGCCACCUGCCUACAGCAUAAUGGCAGACCAGGAGAGUGAGUCUUUUCUGCAAGAAGCAAAGGUCCCAAACCAGAAGGUUGGAGGUUGUCCAAGGACUCUUCCAUCAUCAGAGAGCUUCCCCGUGACAUCAGAAGUGAAAGAGGAUGAGAACAAAGAAGGGAGUGAGGCCAUUGCUCACCCCAACAAGUCUCCAGAAAAGUAUUCCAUGGACUUUUCAUGUGUCUGGGAGCCGUCUGGCAGCAAUACUGAUGGAACAGAAGUAGUUGGAAGGGUAGACCCUUCUACAGGCUCUGUGGAAGACAAUGGGCCUGCAUUUCCCCAGCCUAUGAUUCAGAACUCAGGCCAAGCCAAUGAUCUCUGCAGAGCUGCAUCUUCCAGCCAGGUGCUGAGUUCUUCAGAGGCCUACUUGACCCUGAGAGAUCUUCAGGGCCAUUAUGGCCAUCACUCAGUCUAAAUUCUGAACCGUCCCUGAAAGCAAGAAAGCAUCAACACCAUCAGUUAAACGUCAUCAAAGAAAAUGAAAGGCUUUUAACAGGCAAUGGGACUUACAUUUUAACUCGCCUCUCCCCCUCUCAAUAUGCAAUAGUGACCCCCACCCUGUAGUGUUGGGAAGCCAGGAGAGCAACAAAGCCCCGCCCUUACCGCUUCACUGGAUGCUACUGCAGUAUAAGGAGGUUUUGAGGUGCUGUAAGGGGUGGGUUUAGGGGGGGCUAGCUGUAAGGGGGAGUGGGUUGUGAGUUAUAAGGGGGCGGUGAGCAAAGAUGGCAGGGGUAUACCCCCUAGUAACUAAUGAAAAUGGUGAUAGGAACCAGAUUUAUGACAUGGGGUGGGAAGCAUAUGGCUGCAUUUUAUCUUGAAAGUGGUUACCCAGAAGCUUAUAAAUGGAGCCCAUUGUCAUCUGUUAAUCCAUUUUCUUGAAUAAAUUCUUGAAUUUUGGGAGCAUGUGAUAUGCCACUGAGGCAUGUCUUUCCCACAGAAACCUCUGCCUUCUUCACGUGGUACACCCUACUACGGAUAACAUGAACAAUGGCAUUCUUGUGCCCAUUAGGAAGCAAAGAUCCUACCUCGGUACAGUGGUGCCUUGGUUCUUGAACUCAAUCCGUUCUGGAAGUCCGUUCGAUUUCCAAAACAUUCGCAAACCAAGGCAUGGCUUCUGAUUGGCUGAUGGGCCCCAGAAACAAUGCUGACAACCAAAACGGACAUUCAGCUUCCAAAAAAUGUUCACAAACCGGAACGCUUACUUCUGGGUUUGCAGCAUUCAGGAGCCGAUUUGUUUGGAAACCAAGCAGUUUGGGAACCAAGGUACAAGGUAGUGAAUUGUUGUCUACAGGUCUAAAAGAAUCCUAUAAGUCUAUGAAGCUCCAGUGGAACAGCACGUGCCCAGUAAAUUGUUGCUCAGGGAUGUAACUGAAAAUUUUCUGGUGCUUUUUAUUAUAUGGGUUUAUACCUUAUUGCUACUACGAAAUAAUCUGAUGCACUGAAGAUGUGAGGUGCAUUACCUUCUGCUGGUCUAUAAAAUCUUCUGUAAUUCCAUACGUUAAAAACAGAUGAACAUAGUUUACUGAAGUCAUUGCAGCAUUUUAGCUAAGAGUAUUGAGUUGUAUUUGAGUAGACCCACUGAAACGAAUGAACCUAAGUUCGUCGUGUGUAUUAAGUGGGUCUUCUCUGAGUAGGACUAGCAUGGGAUACAACCCAUUAUUUGUAUCUUGGCUAGUUGUUUUAAAUUGCUUUCAAUGUUUGAUUAAUUGGGGUUACCUUUCUUUUUGCAAUUUAAGCUUCGUUACAGCAAAGGGAAAGGGCUUACUUCUAGUAAUAACUUGUUUAGCUUUUGAAUACGACAACUUUGAAAUAAUCCCACUUUCACCCCAAUUGUUGAUUUUAAAUUUUCCUUUGCUGGAUGUGCAUACGCCAUUGAUGUUCAUUAUAACAAGAUCCCAAAAUUUAAUGAGCCAUUUUCUUAGAUGUAGGGCAUCUUUUGCAGCAGUCAGCAUAUCGCAGUUGUGCUACCAGGACCGUGUGAAAGAGUAAUGUUCCUUUGUCUCUAGGCACUGCUUCCUUUUUUUAAAAAAAAAAUCCCUUUAGGGUUUAGAGGCAAAUGAAGGUCCAGAAUCUUCUUGAUCAUCUACAGAAUGUGGAUCCGGUAGCUUCUUGCUCAGAAUCUAGUUUGGUGUUGUUGGUUUUUUGUGUGUGUGUGUGUGUGUGUGUACUUUUAGUUGUAUAGCUUUAUACUUGGAGGCUGCUACAAGACAGCACUAUGGGCUACAAAUGUGAGGCAGAAAUUCCAUAGAUUAAAAGUUUUGUUAAGCCUACGCAGAUGCUUGUUGAAUAUUGCAAAGCAUACGCAGACUGUCCAGAAGCAUUCGGUUGCAAGCUGGCAGGAUGAAGCAGGAACAAGACGCUGCUACUAGUAACUUGGUUACUUAGAGGUUUAUUACUUACAGCAGACUCACAAGUUACUAUAUACAAGAUACAGACACGGAUCUUAACUCUCUCUCUGAACAAACUCCAAAUAACUCUCAAACAACCACUGACCAACCAACCAACCAACCAACCAACACAGGAAAGUCAUGAGUCAUCAUGCCUAUAUGGGUGACCUUAUCCAAUAGCAGAGUUGUAUCCAAGGUCCCAUAUCACCAGGCAGAAUAACUCCCCCUGCUCAGUCUUCCUGGCCUUCGGCCUACUCCUUAAUUGCUUCUGUGGGAAGCUGCAUGUAGGCAAAGUCCCAACACCCUCUCACAGCUUCCCACAGGGUCGCUUAACUGGCCCACUCGGUCGGAUCCCGUGCGCCGCACUAACCCGGUGCAGAGCAGAGUGGGGACUGCCUUCUGCAACGCUGGCCAGCUUCCCAUUAGCUGCAGGGAAACUCCUGCAGCCAAUGGGAAGCUGCGCACGCCUCCUCCGUGCUGGAAGGAGCGUCAGAAAUAGCAUUUGCGCAUGCGUGCGUAAGCACACACACACUCCAGCUCACCAUGGCGUCUGCAGGACUGUGAACACAAGCCACAAAAACUUUGCCGACCCCUGGUAUAUGUGAUAAAGGGUAACCAUACCAGGGUGAAGGCGUCUUCUUCUAUUUGUCCCCGUGUCAGUUUCAGUUUGUUGUAUUUUUAAUCUUUGUUGGAAGCCACCCAGAGUGGCUGGGGAAACCCAGCCAGAUGGGUGGGGUACAAAUAAUAAAUUGUUGUUGUUGUUGUUGGUUGGUUGAAACACCAGAGAGUUACCUGGCUGAGGCUGCAUUUCUAAAUGCACUUACUAAGGAGUAAGCUCCGUUGGAUACAGUAGGAUUUACUUUUGAGUAAAUAUGCACAGGACUGCACUGCGGAGCAGACCUGGCCCUAAUCAUGGGCAAGCUAAUCCUACACUUGCUUGCUCUGAGAUAAGUCCCAUUUGACUUCAAAUGGCACUUUCCCCCCACAGAGGAAGCUGCCAUAUCAGAUCAGACCCUUAAUCCGUCUAGCCCCACAUUGCUUACCAUGAUUGGCAGUGGCUUCCCAGUAUUUGCUAUAGAGGGUCUUUACUUUGCUCUGUUUUGCAUGCAAGGCUCUACCGCCCAGUUUCAGUCUCUUCCUCUUGACCUUUGGGUCCAGACACAAAGCUGAAUGAGUCAAACUACAGUUAAAGUGAUUCAAAGGUUGAUGAUUCAAAUUAAGAACAUGACACUGUAAUUGAAACAAAGGCAUUUAGUCACUUUUAUUUUUACUGCCGAUGAAGUGUAGUUUCUUAACAGCCUAUAAAUCUUACUUCUGCUUUUCUCUCUCUUCAUUAUAGUGUUUUUGAUGUACUGUGUUGAUUAUUUUGAUGGUUACGCUCUUAGUUACUUUGAGUCCCUUUUGCAGAAGAAAAGCAGACUAAGAAUAUUCUAAAUGCACUUACAACGGGACCAUGCGUGCAUGUUCUUCCAUGUUUGAAUACAGGAAACAUUUUCACAGCAAAAGCCAAUCUAAUUUCCCAUUUCAACUGGAAUAUUCUAGUGAUGUCGCUCUGCCUUGCAGGACAAAAUAUCCCUCUUUCAUUUGAUUAUGAUAAGAUUAUUACAGAGCAGCACAGCUCAUAGCCUGUGCCAGUGAAAAAUCAUCUUAAUUUAUAUAGCCCAUUCCAUUGUUUCCCUUGCUUGAGGAAAUAAUCACAUAAUUAACAGAGAUGAUGGGUGAAUCAUCUCACAUAAAUAGAUACAGAUCUGCACCUGUGCCUGAAACCAAAACCAAAUUAUUUACUUCAAAGCAUUAAAUAUUCAAUUAACAUUUGACAUGCUUUCUCCCUGCUUUGAGGAACACAUACUACCAUCACCAUGAUGCAGCACAGAGAUACUACUUUUACCAUGAUGCAGUGGAAGGGUAGAUGGCAAAAGACUGAUUGCGUGGCUGCUGUGAUGGCCAUUUUCAGUGAUCGCAAUGUAUUCUUUUUUCUUCUUCAUUGUCUCUUUCUUCACUUGUGACAAGAAUCAAGAAAUAUCAGAAAAUGAAUUCCUUCCACUUAAUUUUUUUCAGAAAUAUCUAAGGAUGGAAUGAGGAUUUAAGGAACCUCUCCAGUAUUCUAUAAUGUCUUUUUUUUCAUUUAAAAACAGAAAGAAAUGUGCUUAUAUAAAUGUGCUGAAGUUAGGAUUUUAGAUCGUAAGCUCCUUGGGGAAAAACUUGUCCUAUGUAAUGCAGUAUGCAUGCCAAUGGCACUUUCUCUCUCCCUCUCAUAUCUUUUAAUUCUAUUGAUCAUAUAGGAAAGCCUAAACAUCUACAUAGUUAUAUUAGAUGCCUGUUACGUAAAAUUUUGUCAGGCAAGGGAGAAUUUAUUGGGUGUGAAUCUUAUGAUGGGGAAAAUAUUGCACUAAAGAGUUUGUCCUGGUUAUAGAACAGGAAACCACAAAAUACCAAUGCAUUUCUGUGCUGCCACCUCUGCAGCCGUGCAUUGGUGGGUGGUUCGCCUGUUAAUAUUGUGCUUGCCACAAUGUGAGGCUAACCUCAGUUGUUUCCUAUGCUCUUUGUUCUAAAAACAGGAAGUGUGUGUCAACACAUUUAAUUUUUGAUGGUACUGAUCUAAUAACAAGCACACACUGUGUACAGACAGGUUUGUUUGUUUGUUUGUUUGCUUGCUUGCUUGCUUGCAUGUAUGGGCAUUCACAGGGCCGGAUUUAGGUUUGAUGAGGCCCUAAGCUACUGAAGGUAAUGGGGCCCUUUAUAUAUCCAGCUGUCCUUUGUCAACAACAAAUUGUCACUGUUUUUUGUGUUGAAUAUAUGCUAUAUGGUAAUUUAUGGACCUAAUAGGUAUCUAAAGCCAUUUGCGCAUAACAAAAUAUGUAUUUUAUCAAAGUAAUUAUUGAACUGAAAUACAAUUAAGAAAAAGUAUAUUAAUAGUGAAAUUGGGGGGGGGGCAAGAGAGUGGGGCCCUAAGAAGUAGUAGUAGUAGUAGUAAUUUAUUAUUUAUACUCCGCCCAUCUGGCUGGGUUUCCCCAACCACUCUGGGCAGCUUCCAACAAAAUAUUAAAAUAUAAUAGUCUAUUAAACAUUAAAAGCUUCCCUAAACAGGGCUGCCUUCAGAUGUCUUCUAAAAGUCUGGUAGUUGUUGUUGUCUUUGACAUCUGGUGGGAGGGCGUUCCACAGGGUGGGUGCCACUACAAAGAAGGCCCUCUGCCUGGUUCCCAGUCACUUGGCUUCUUGCAGUGAGGGAACCGCCAGAAGGCCCUCGGCACUGGACCUCAGUGUCCGGGCAGAACAAUGGGGGUGGAGACGCACCUUCAGGUAUACUGGACCGAGGCCGUAUACCUAUAGCUUGUUUAGCUUAUACGUAAAUCCGGCAGUGGGCGUUCAUUUGCACACUAGAGAUGAUUAAAAGAACCAUUGAUCAUAUCUUAGUGGAGUUCUUUAAUAACCCUGUAGGGGGCUUACCUCUCUCUCAGCUGUAAGGUUGACUGUGAUCUUGGGCCAUUCAGUCUCUCAGAGAUGUUGCAUGGAUAAAAUGAGGCAGCGGGGAUCAAUGUGUGCUACCCUAAGCUCCUCAGAGGAACAAUGGGAUGCAAAUGUAGCAAAUAAUAAAAUUCCUGUAUUCAAACAAGAUUGCAUUUAUUGUGCUAAUUUCAGAACGGUUGGUUAGAGGGCAGCUCUCCCAUGUCACACUGUAUCUUACGAUGCUUGCGAUACGUCUGCAUUUCCAUACUGGCAGGAAAUCCAUUUUGACUCUCUUGGCUCUCCUCAGAAAACCUCAAAGGGGAGCUACUACCCCCCUUCACAAAACAAUUCCUUUCAGGAUCCUUUGCUUGGGAGCCAUGGAAGUAAAACGGACUUGGCACUAGGGUUAAGUGAAGAGAUUCACUUGGCUUCUCAUUUUUCUCAUCUCUCCAUAUUUCUACAUCAGUUUGCAAUUUUCUAAAAAAAAUGCACCCUCAUAAAAAUUCAUCAUCUCUCCUAAUGUAC